AUGUAUACAAUUUAACCCAAUAGUGCUAGAAGCAGCAUUUUUGGAUAAUCAAAUAUAAACGCCCCUCCUGUUCAUGGAUAGAAUGUUAUGAAUUAAUAUGGAUAAACUUAUAGUGGAAUAUUUUAACAAUAAAGUUAAUCGAAUAUAUAGUAAAAUUAGCAAUUUUAAAAUCAAUAAAUAGUUCCUUAGCAAUAACAAAUUUAAUAAUAACAAUACCAAUAAUAAUAAUGGUAAUAGUAAUAAUAAUAAUAAUAAUAAUAAUAAUAAUAGUAAUAACAAUAGUUAGAUCCAAAUAAUAAUUAGCUAUAGUAAAUUGAUUAAAAUGCAUAAUUCAGUAAUGUUGCUUAAUAUGGGCAAUAAUACUAACAAUUUUAAUAAGAACCUGAUAAUUUUACAAAUCCUAAUGCCAUACCCCAAAAAAUAGAUCUUAAAUUUUAUGGAAUAUAUGAUAAGAUUUAUUACAUCAAAGCCUAUUUAUUAUUAAGAUUCUAAAAUUGGUAAAUUUUAUAUCACUGUAAUCACACAAAAAAAAAUACUGCUGAAUCUCAUGCCAAAAUUAUUGUUAAAAACUUUUUAGAAUUUUCCUAAUUAGAAUAUGAUGUUAUAUAUGUAGUCACUACUGAUGAAGGCUUUUGGAUACUCAAAAUUACUGAUUUAGAUAGAAUUUAUAUGGUUUUAUAUGAUAACAAUUUUAGAAGAGAUUUAGCAUAUUAAGUUUUCGAAGACUAUUAUAAAUGUCUUACAGAAUAAGAAUAAUUAGUUAAAACACAAGAUAACGUAUUUUUAUUAAUAUAUUAUAAAAGAUUGAACUAUUUAAAUAAAUUACUUAAAAUUUAGAGACAUUAACAUCAUAAUAUGAAUAAAAAAUUCUCGAAAACAAAGAAACUGGAUUGAAUUUUGAGUAUUCAAAAAUAGACUUUUCAUAAACAUACUUUUCAAUCGGUCUGAGUGAACAAUGUUAAAUGAGUAAUGUUGAAAAAGUCAUAUUACAGGUUUAAAGCAAUCGAAUUCAUCCAGCUUUCUAAGGAACAAAUGUACUUAUAUUUAAUUUUAAUAUUUAAGUUAUUUACAGAUUUAAAGUCUAACCUUUAGCCAAUUAUAUCAAUAUGUAUAUGUGUACUAUUAAUUUUGAUUGUAGUUCUUUUACUUUACAAUUAUGUAAUAAAGGGUAUAAAUGUAAUUUUAUUAAAGAUAUUUUAACUUUGCAAUAGAAUAAUUAGAUAAAAGCUUCUCAAAAUCAUUUAAAAAAUCAUUUACUUAAAAAAUGA